UCGAUCAAGCGCCAUUCGCGAGAAGAUGACACCCUUUCCCACGACCCCCAUCGCCCUCCUCACAGGACACACAGCUCCUGUCCACGCCAUCGCCUACUCCUCCGGUUCCGCCUCGUAUAUUCUGACAGGCAGCGGCGACCGUUCCAUUCGACUGUACAACCCUUCCAAGGCACCUUUCGCUGCCGCGCAAAAUACCACCGAUCUGGGCCUCGUCAAUAAAUACUCCGCUCACGGCUACGAGAUCCUAUCCCUCUGCAUCAACGAAGCCAACGACCGCUUCAUCUCCACCGGCGGUGACAAAACUGUCUUUCUGUGGGAUGUGGCUACUGCACAGACGGUACGACGAUUUACGGGCCACUCGGGACGUGUGAAUCGCGGCGUGUUUGGCGGGGAAUCGGAUAGUGUGAUUGUCAGCGCUAGUUUUGACGGGUCUGUGCGGAUUUGGGAUUGCAGGUCGACUUCGCAGAAACCUAUUAUGAUUUUUGAUGAGGCGCGGGAUAGUGUUACCGAUGUGGUGGCGCUGGAUGGGGAGAUUGUCUCUGGGAGUGUGGAUGGGCGAGUGCGGUGUUAUGAUAUGAGGAGGGGCAUCUGCGAAGUAGAUGUAAUCGGACAUCCUGUGACAUCAAUCGGUGUGUCGAAGAAAGGUUCUGAGACUCUAGUCUCUUCUCUGGACUCUACUGUGCGGCUCAUGGAUCGCGAAAACGGACAGUUGCUGAAGGCCUACCGAGACGAUGCUUUUGUCAACAACGAGCUGAGGGUUAGAAGUACUCUAGGGAUGAACGAUAGCGUGGUUGUCAGUGGCAGUGAUGAUGGAUUGGUAUUUGCUUGGGAUCUACUUGAGGGCGAGUGCUUGCACAAGUUCAAGCACUCGGAACGGAGAGCGGUGAACGGUAAAAGUGCUAACACACCCAGAACGAAGAAAGACUUUGUUUCUGCAGUGGCAUUCUGCAAGAGUAGAAGAGAAUGGGCUAGUGCUGGAGGAGACGGAAACGUCGUAGUAUGGGGUAUGGCAAGGUAG